AGCUGCUCCUUUAAGCAGGACGGGUAGCCCGAUCGGCUCAUGGGGUGGUUAUAUUUCUGACUGGUAAAAGUUGCGUAGAUACAGAUCAGAUACUGAUAGCCAAAUAUGGAAACGAAAAUAUAGCAGGAGAACAAUGGCAGGAGGGAAUUUAUGAAAUAAGCGAGUGUGUUUAUGCAUAUGGGAAAGUGAUGUCGAGAGAGAGCGCGCGAGAGAGCUCUUUCCUUCUGCCCUUGAGCGCCUAGUACAAAACCGAAAUCGUAAAAAGUAAUGGAACAUGAAUUGAGGCAGUACCACUUCUGAAAAAGUCUUUAAAUGUAAUAUAUUUCCAACAAGAAGUCAACUAUUGCGCGUACGGGAUGUAUAGGAUACCAUCCUAACAACGCACUGCUUUCCUCAAAAGUAUACCAAACAGAAGGGAAACAAACAGAAGGGGAGAGCAUCUCAUCUAAUCCUCUUACAGAAGGGAAUACCGUAACGUUAAGCUUCAUUUCAACGACGAACCAAUGCAGAGGCGUUAGAAUGCUGAGAACACUUUUGCAAAGGAUGCACCCAUGACAGAAUGAUCAUACCUUCCCGGAGCAAUUUGCUUUUGACUGACAUGAAACACAACAAAAUCUCAUCUAGAGAGAGCUUCUGAGUGGACAGUGGAAUAUUCUCAUGGACAUUUGGACUGCUUUUAGUAUGGCUUGCCUGGAGUGCCAAAGGUGGUCGAUCUGCGAAAUAUUAGCAUUGUACACAUUUCUAUUAAAAUAAGCUCUUGUAACUAUAAUUUAAAGUAAUACUUUCAUUGAUUUGUUUUUAUCAUAGGAUAACAAAUAUUUCAAAACAGAAGUACGUGUAUCUUAUUUAGGCAAGCAACAUUUGUAUGCAAAACCAGCAGAGUUGUAAGGCUGUAUCCUGCAAGCGGCAGGUGUCCCUCCCAAGAUGAAAACCAACCGGAUUCCAAGCUGAUCCUCUCCCAGUGUGGACCGACGGUGGCACCACUUGCCUCCUCCCUCCUGACUCUCGGUCUUGGACCAUGGGUGUGGUCUCUACGAGUGCCAUGCUCUCACAGGUGGUUUUUCUUUUGAACUUUGUUACUCUGACACUUGGCCAGUAUGACAUAUGCAAGUCGCUGGUUAGUACGGACGAUGGACCAACAUGGGAGUUUUACGCGUGCCAGCCCAAACCCAUGGCUAUGAAGGAGUUCAUGCAAAUUAGGGUGGAUCCUCCUGGCAUCACUUGCGGCAACCCCCCGGAGAGGUUCUGUACUCUGGAGAACCCGUACCUGUGUAGUGACGAGUGUGACGCCUCCAACCCAGACCUGGCUCACCCUCCCCAGCUGAUGCAGGAUCGUGAGCGCAGUGGCCUCAUCACCUACUGGCAGACGGUGACGUGGAGCCGCUUCCCGGAGCCCCUGCUGGCCAACAUCUCCCUGGCCUGGAACAAGAGCCUGGAGCUGACCAACGACAUUCAGGUCACCUUCGAGUAUGGCCGCCCCACCAUCAUGGUACUGGACAAGUCCCUAGACAAAGGGCGCACCUGGCAGCCCUACCAGUUCUACGCCGACGACUGCAUGGACGCCUUCGGCAUGCCCGCUAAGCUGGUGCAGGACCUGUCGGCCACCAACGUGACGCGGGUAAUCUGCACAGAGCAGUACUCUCGCUGGGUGGGCUCCAAGAACGAGAAGGUGCUGAGGUUCGAGGUGAUGGCACGUUUCGCUAUCUUCGCGGGGCCCAAGCUUCUCAACAUGGACAGCCUGUACACACGGAUGGAGAGUAUGAAGGGCCUGAGGGACUUCUUCACUUUCACCAACCUGAGACUGAGGCUGUUGAGGCCGGCCCUGGGGGGAACCUAUGUCCAAAGAGAAAACCUCCUCAAAUACUUCUACGCCAUUUCCAACAUAGAGGUACCAGCCAGGUGUAAGUGUAACCUCCAUGCUGGCCAGUGCACCUUUCGGGAGGGCAGCCUGCAGUGUGACUGUGAACACAAUACGACGGGCCAAGACUGCACUCGCUGUGAGAGGGGCUUCAAAACCAAGUCAUGGAAACCUGGAUCGUACCUACCCACCCCCAACGGAUCCCCCAAUACCUGUGAGGCUGCUGGGACUCUUGGCAUACCCACAACAGUCCAGACCCCGCCAACAACCACACCUGCAUUGGUGACUACAACCAAGACACCCACAGACCAACUGCCCACAAUUACUACUAUUAUGGCAGACAUCACCACCUUCACUGACAUAGUGACAGCUGUGGUGGGUCCCACAUCCAGCACACAGCUCAGUGACUCCCUCACUGACACACCAGUGCCGCUUCUGGCAACAGACCAAACCUAUGUGCCAGCCACUAUACCAGCCACUCUUCCAGCCAGUAUGUCAAACAGUGUGCCAGUCUCUGCCAAUCCCGACCAGACAGACAGUCCAUCCUUAACCACAGUGAACUCGCCCCCAAUGGAGGUAAAGCUCCCCACAACCACAGUGAGAGCGCAGCUGAAAGUUACUCAAUCAUCUGAUGCAGCUGAUGCCACAUCUGAUUCAGUCACACCAUCUUCUGAUGCAACCACUCCAACAUCAGUUGGAUUUACUCUCACACCUGACAGCACAAUGACAACUUCUUACACAGUGACUUCUGACACCAGUACCACAGCUUCUGACACCAGUACUACAGCAUCUGAUACAAGUACUACAACAUCUGACACAAGUACUACAACAUCUGACACAAGUACUACAUUUUACACAAGUACUACAUCUGAAACAAGUACUACAGCAUCUGACACAAGUACUACAACAUCUGACACAAGUACUACAGCAUCUGAAACAAGUACUACAGCAUCUGACACAAGUACUAUAACAUCUGACACAAGUUCUACAAUAUUUGACACAAGUACUACACUAUUUGACAUUAGUAGUACACCUUCUGCCACCAGUACUACAACAUUUGACAUAAGUACCACAACAUUUGACACAAGUAUAUCAACAUUUGACACAACUACCGCAGUAUCAGACACAAGUAUCACAACAUUUUACACAAGUACUACAUUUCUAACAAGUAUUACAACAACUGACACAAGUACUAUAUCUGACACAAGUACUAUAAUAUUUGACACAAUGACUCCAACAUCUGACAUAUUUACCACAACAUCUGGCACUGUUACUUCAGCAUCUGAUGUAUUCACUUCGACAUCUGGUGUGCCCUUUCUGGCAUCGGACACAGUUACUCCAGCAUCUGAUGUAGUAACACCACCAACAGAUGGAUUUACCUCACCCCCUGAUGCUACAUUUAUUCCAGCAUCUGAGGGAGAUACACCCGCCUCUAACGUGGCUACUUCAGUAUCUGACGGACUGACCUCACCACCUGAUGAAGCUACUUCAACACCUCAAGCAGUUCCUCCACCUCCCGACACAGUUUCCUCAGCACCUGAUCCUUUUUCCCGUGCACUGGAUGGAGAUAUCACCCAAGCUCCAGACAAAUCUACUCCAGCACCUGAUGCUGCUCCCCUAGCUGCUGAUACACUUGCAUCAGUGCCUGAGGCAGCUGCUCCAUCCCCUGACACAGAUACCUCAACAUCUGAUGCUGCUACCCAGGCACCUGAUGUAGUUACUACAGCUCCAGACACAUCUUCAGCAGCUCCUGAUCCUGCUACCCCAUCUCCUGACACAGGUGAUCCAGCUCCUGAUGCUGGACCAGCUCCUGAGGCUGUUGAUCCAUCUCCUGAUGCAGGACAAGCUCCUGUGGCUGUUGAACCAGCUCCUGAUGCAGGACCAGCUCCUGGUGCUGUUGAUCCAGCUCCUGAUGCAGGAACAGCUCCUGAGGCUGUUGAUCCAGCUCCUGCUGCAGGACCAGCUCCUGAUACUGUUGAUCCAGCUCCUGAAGCAGGACCCGCUCCUGAUUCAGUUGACCCAGCUCCUGAUGUAGGACCCGCUCCUGAUUCAGUUGAUCCAGCUCCUGAUGUAGGACCCGCUCCUGAUUCAGUUGAUCCAGCUCCUGAUGUUGGACCAGCUCCUGAUUCAGUUGAUCCAGCUCCUGAUUCAGUUGAUCCAGCUCCUGAUUCAGUUGAUUCAUUUCCUGAUACAGUUGAUCCAGCUCCUGAUGAUGCUGUUGAUCCAGCCCCUGAUGCAGGACCUGCCCCUGAUGUAGUUGAUCCAGCUUCUGAUGCAGUUGAUCCAGCUUCUGAUGCAGUUGAUCCAGCUUCUGAUGCAGUUGAUCCAGCUCUUGAUUCAGUUGAUUCAGCUCCUGAUUCAGGACCAGCUCCUGAUGCUGCCGCUCCAAUGCCUGAUGCUGGGGGCAGUGAGAAAGUGGAAAUUAAAGAAGAAAAGGUUAAAGAGGAAAAAGUUACCCCCAUAGCUGAAACCAAAGGGGAAAGCAAAGAGGAAGAGAAAAUGAAAGGAAAAAAAAACGAUUUUGAAAUGAAAGACUAUGAGAAAAAAGCGGUCGUAAAACUGUUGAUUCCUGGUGGGUCCAAAUACAGGCAGUCUAAGGUUGCAUACGUCCAAUUUCAAGACUGCGAGUGCUAUGGCCACUCGAACCGCUGCAGUUAUAUUGACUUUAUCAACAUCGUGACUUGUGUCAGCUGCAAACACAACACUAGGGGGCAGAACUGUCAGCACUGUCGACUGGGAUACUUCCGGAAUGUCUCUGCCGAGCUGGACGAUGAGAACGUUUGUACAGAGUGUAAUUGUAACCAGCUGGGAUCCUUCCAUGCUCGCUGCAACGACACAGGGUUCUGCCAGUGUAGAGAUGGCUCCACUGGGCCAAAGUGUGAGGACUGCCUGUCUGGAUACAGCUGGAGACAAGGCUGCUCCCCCAAUGUAUGCGAUGAUGAGUUCCUGCUGUGCCAGAAUGGAGGCACCUGCUUCCAGAACCAGAAGUGUCUGUGUCUGCCGGAGUACAAGGGCGUGCUGUGUGAGCAGCUGCUCUGCGAGGGAGAGAGGGGCUGCAGCGGUGCCUCUGCCUCCUACGUCAGCCUGGCCGCCUUGCUGAGCUGCCUUCUAGCCAACGCCCUGCUUAGAGCAGUCACUGCUUGCUGAGCCACAACCAGGACAGCUGGAGUGCACCUGGCUGCAGUAUUGGGACCCUCCACCCGCCGCGCUAACCUCAGUCUCACGGUGCUGUUGCAUUCUGGAACAUUGUUUGCGGGCGCCAAGCCUCUCGUCGCCUCGCCACGAUGAAACAAAGAGAGAGUUCCUCUCUCGCUCUCACUCUAUGAAAGCCAGUGCUGAAAGAACGUAUACCAAAAAAACGAAAUCACUAUCUAAGAAAAGUUUAAAAAGCGAAGAGUAUUCUUUAUGAAACAGUUUUUUCUUCUUGUCGUGCAUCUAAGUUUGUUCUCACUGAAAUACUGCACUUAGCCAACUUGUUUUCUGAACGGAGAUGGUUGAAAUCACUGCUGAGGCCUACUAAUGCCAAGUUUCUCUUACUCUCAAAUUCACGUUUCCUUACUUUGCUGCAUAGCCUAUUUGUUUCCUGGCAACAAUCAUUGAACUGAAAAGAGUGGGGAAAUAUGAGUAAAACAUGUUUUAAUCAGAGUUGAUGUUUCAGUGGCUUGUGGUGGAGAAUCAAUUGUCGCAUGGAAAUCAUGAAGCAAAGAGAGGGAGUAUGACCUAUCCAAAUUGAACAAAUCUAUGUAUAUUUCAAAGGAAAUAUAUGACUAUUGUAUAUUAACAUUGUUUGAAUAUUUUUGGUAGAAAUUGUUAUUUUUGUUCUAAGUAACCGUUAUCAUUCUAAAGAAAAUUACCCAUGAUGAGCUUUUUAUUACUGUAAACCUUUCUGAUAAUGUGACUGUUAGAAGAUUAUGAUGAUGUCCCUGAUUCCAUUGGAUAAAGACAGUUGAAGGAAUAAAGCGUGAAGGUUUGAAAGUUCAA